AUCAAUGCAACAAACUAUUUUCUCUCUCUUUCUCGGUGUCUCUCUCCUUCUCUCACAUUCUGCGGGCACUCACCCUCGAAGUAAGCCUAUUGCUUCUUUACUCAUCAGGCUUUCAACAGUACUGUGUUUGCGAUGGUAAUUUCCAUAUCAUCGUGGAACCGGUACAUAGGCCUCAAGGCUGAUUAUUCCGCCUCUCUCGCCAUGCAGCGCUAUAAAAGUGGUCAAAUGACAUUCAGGGAAGCAAUCGAUGCUGCUUUGAAGAAUUUUUUUCUGGGAAAGUUGACAUACUUUUACUGGAAUAGUGGAGAAGAAAUGGCUCCUACUAUAGGUGCUCCAAGAGGGACUCAUCUUGUCCGGAAAUUACCAGUGUCAGGCCCAACGUAUGUUUUCCCCGGAGAUGUGGUGGUGUUGAGGGACCCCAUGAAAUCACAUAAUAAUUAUCUAGUCAGAAGAUUGGCUGGCAUUGGAGGGUAUGAAAUGGUCUCUAAAGAUGAAAAAGAGGUGCCCUUUGUUCUUGGAAAGAAUCAGUUCUGGGUGUUGUCUGAUAACGAAAACUUAAAGCCCAAGGAAGCAAAUGACAGCCGGAACUUUGGUCCUGUUCUCAUGGCAAACAUUGUUGGUAGAGUAAUCUAUUCCAUGCGAACAGCUGAGGAUCAUGGCCCUGUGCAGAACAGCAGUAAUUCCGGCAUGAAAGCGGAUUCAGAGGUGUUAGAAGUCGAACUAGAUUUGGAUCAGAUGACAAAAAUUCACUUGGGCAAGGACUGACUUGUUACAUAUUAAGGCAAGGACUUGGUCUGUAUCAGUAUGUAUGUUCAUGAUUAGAUUACUUUCUGUUUGAGCUGCAAGGCAAACUUUAAAGAGUGGAUUUUGAAUUUGUAACAGCAGUGGCAAGCUCGUGCUGAGUUGGAGUCAACUAGUUCAUUUCACUUCGCUUGAAUCACGGGCUCCGGAGGGGCCACUUAUCUUAGUUUAGGUCUAUUUAGCUGUUUACUUUUAUGGGCCGGCCCAGUAUCCCCCUUGGUUUAGGCAUUAGGACUCUAAGGUUACAUUUCAGUUAUUUGUCGUGUGUUUGUAUUGAGCCUGUUUUAACAUGUUUUUUAUGCUCUCAAAUUAGUGUCUUCUAAAAUCACUUGCCUCUAUUAUAAUAGACAACUGCUGGAGCUUCUAUUCA